UCGAUGCGCCCUGUUUCACAAAACGCGGCCACCCCUGUAUCACUGAAGCUCUUCGAGGUUGCUUUCUACCGUCUUUCUUCAAAACUGCCUUGUUCUUCAAACGUCGAUCGAAUCCUUUUCACCUCAACUUCCAGAAUAUCUGUUCUUGGCUUUUCGAGAUGGUCACAAAAUAUACCAUAUAUCCAUCGGUCUUACGCCUGGUGGCCAAAUCUAGUCGAUUCAUCAAGAAGCAUGAUCUUAGGUUAUUAGAGGAAUCUACGGCGUUGCUGUGGGGCUCUUGGACAUUUCUGCAUGAUGCAACUCUGCAAAGCUAUGCGGGAAUUCCAGGCUAUUCUGUAUCUCAACGUAACGUCUGCAGUAAUUCGCAGAUACGGCCCCUGCACCGUUAAGGUUUACAAAUCUGACAUAGGGUGACAGUGUCCGAACCCACAUGU